CCCCCCCUCACACCCCCCAGAGUUAAGCCAAGAACGAGGCGCCUCCAACCAGCGGCUGGGAAUCAUGCCGACAACUACAGCACCACAUCCACGUCCAGCUGCCCCUACACCGACAGCAGCAGCAGCAGCAGCAGCAGCAACCACAGCAACACCUGCGGGGCAGCAGCAUCGUGGCUUCUUGUCGUUCAGAACUACUUUCAACUUCUUCAAAUACACGAGCAGGGCUACUCCGCCUCGUCGCGACUUAAUCGGCCCUUCACCAUCAGCGGUAGCAGCUGUAGCAACCCAAGCUUCCGUCUACAACUACUCGGUUCCCCUGAUAGCUGAAGAAGAGUACGACAAACAAUCCCACGAAAACAAUCAGAUUGCUCUACUGCCAACAUCACCCGCCAGAUCCGGUGCCGAGUCCGUCCUUGACAGUCAGUCGUACCGUAGCUCGCAAUACCACCAACACCACCUCCAUCACCACCACCACUCGACCAACACCUUUGAGGGGUUCGGGAGACCGCGUAGAGACACAUUGAGGUCCCCAACACCGAACGGAACUACAUCGGAAUUCAGAGAUAUGAAUGCAGGUGCUCUCAUCGUUGCGCCGGGCUCGCGGUCGGGCCUGAGCGAGCUCGAACGCCCAAAGUCCAACACCGACAAGCAGAGUUCAUCCUCGGCUGGGGGUAAGAAGACGGCUGCCAAGCUGCGGAUGGCUUUGAGUCUGCUGCGACGCAAGAGCAAUCAGAACCUACGCAAGGCCUAUGUCGAGCCCGUCGACGAGACGGCUGAAGGUUGGAACACGUUUAAUAAUGCUGACUCGCUUCAUGAACCCGACUUUGAACCGGGUCGUCUUGUCCCCCAACCUGCCGGACGAAGGGGCAGCACUACCAAGUCUCAUGGCUUUAAGUUCAUGCUUCCGGCACGAAGCAGCAGCCGUGCCAUCCUCACCAAGCCCAGACGCGAAGACCAACCGAGGCGAGCCACGCUUGCAAGCAUCAGCAUCGUCCCUAGCAAAGAUGUUCCUGGCGAUAACUUGAAUGGGGUUCACUCGCGACCCAGAAGCAGCCAGUCAACGCUGCCGGGCGAGAACUUGGCUGCCGACGAACCAGGCGACGACAGCAUCUUCACCCGUGAGAGUGCCGCUUUCGUGGGAGGCGGAGCAUCCAGCCCGACGGCCGGUGGCCUCUUCCCCCGGCCUGCGAGCCUGCAGAGGCACUGGAGCGAUGGGCUGCGGAAACAAGGUGAGGGGGCUGCAGAACGGAAACCGACUCCGGCAAACGAUAGUGUUGGCAUCAGCCUCGGGAUCACGCCGAGAAUUCGCCAGGGCAGCCAGGAUCCGGACCGUAUCAGGCCCUUGAGCUUCGGGGGUAUAUCGAACGGGUACGGAAACAUGAGGAUCACUGAGGCUGCAGCUCUCGAGGUUCGGGUCAACGAGCUGGAAUCGCAGGUGUCGGAUCUCCGCACCAUCAUCGCCGAUGCGAACUGGCCGCCCCGUACGGGGUCGAUGCCAUUCGACGGGAGUGUGCUUCACUCCUCGCCUUCGCAUUCGUUCUCAAGACCGGACUCGGACACUGCUGUAGCUCCGGAUGAGUCGAUCCACCGCUACGAACAUAUGAGCCACAGGGGUUCGCUCGGUGCUCGCGACCGUACGCUCUCGGCACUGGAAGGCUUCAUGCCCGACGGCGAGAACAAACGUAACACGCUAUCCACGAUCCGUGCACCCCGCCGUGCCAGCAUGCGAAGCAUCAGCGAGUCUCCGCACUCGGUUAGCACGACGGAGUACAACGGGGUCGUGGCAAUGGUCAAGCGGGAGCAAAAGGCACGGAAACGCUUGGAGCAGCAGGUUGCAACCCUGCAGGAGCAGAUGGCCGCCGUCCUCCACCGCCAACUCAUCUCGGAGUCCACAAGCCGUAGCCCAACGAUGCUGGAUUCUCGCUUCAGCUCGCAUCUGCAUCGGAAGACCAGCAGCGAGGUGCCGACUCCCGACAUCACGCCGCCGUCUUCCAGGAGCGCUGUGAGGCAGAGCAGACAGAGCAUGAACAUGUUCACCAGCUUUGACAGCCACGACGCCAGCUCGGAUUGCGACGAGGAUGAGGAGGAGGACGACGACGACGAGGCCCCUAACUACUAUGGCCAGCACGAGUCCUGGCGGACGCCUACCGAGGAGAGGGGGAACCCCCUCGAUGGCCCGCGCGGUGAUGAUGCGUUUGGAGACGCAUUGUCCAGCUUUGCACCCGCCCAGGGAAGGACAUUGAGUCUGAGCAGACUGACGAGGGCGUGAUGAUGGCGGACGCGCCAAACACCAACACUUAAUCAUGAUUACUAUGGACAUAUGCACACGGAUACGACACCACUCUAUGCUACGCUACGACCGACGACAUUUUAUGGAAUAUACGUGUCAGUUUUUACUUGCUUUUCUUUCUUCUUGUACAGCUGGAUUCCUACUACUAUUACAUCCCUUUUUUUGUUUGGAUACCCUUCCUUCCUUGCUUGCUUCUUACUUCU